CCCCGGCUCAGCCCCGCACGCCGGGAUCGGGGCUGCUGGGAGCCGGGCUGGCAGAGCGGCCGUGCGGGCAGCCGGUGCCGGUGCGGGGGGAGAUGAGAUACGGGGAAAAACGUGUGGAAAGCGAGGGAGCGCCCGAAGCGUUGCGUGGACCGUGACCCGGUCGGGCGUGGGGAGGUGCCUCACGGCCUCGUGUGAAUUUUCCAGGUGCUGGAUCCCGGCCGGGGCGGUCGCAGCCCCAAGGACGGCGCUCGGCAGGGAGCACCGGCGGUGCCCGUGGGCAGGACGGCGUUGCAGCGGUGGCGUUUGGAAAGCGUCUCUCCUGUUUCCUCUGCCCCCCCUGCCCGCGUCUGAUCCUUCGUUUUCUGUCCCUCCUUCCCAAAUUCUCCCUUUCCCUUCCACUCCUCCGCGCUCUUCUGCUCCGGUUUGCAGAUCCCAAACCGCUCUCCCCCCACCGUGAGCCCGCUGCCCUCAGCCCCCAGCGGGCUCUGGCCUUUCCCUAGCCGGCUCCCUCGUACGACCCUUGUACGCUCCUGGCGACCCCCCUCCUCAGCCUUUGCGGCUUUGGGGGGAAAAAAUAUCUCCCAGGCAUCGCCACCUUCCCUGGGAAAUGCCCGUUUCCAUCAGGAGGGGACUUCCCAACAGCAAAACUCACUUCGUUAGCGCCGUUAAGCCUUGCACGUGUGUGCCCGCUGCCAGGGCACCCUGCGCUGGCGCUGACCUGGGCAUCCAUCACCUUUUCUCGGUGCCCUGGUAAUAAUUUCCCUGUAAUUGCGGCCGUCCCUGCCUUGUUUUCCACACUCUUUGACAGCAGAUUAUAUAUUGCUGUGCCCACGUGGUUCCACAUCAAACAAUCGGGGACGGAGGAGCCGGGGUCACCGUGACGGCCGGUUACUGGCGGGACAGGGCGUUUGCUGGGCGAGCUGGGAUGAGAUCGAUGCACCGAGACGGGCCCUCGACCCCGCGCCAGCUCUUGUGUUCUGUGCCCGAGCUCUUGUGCCUGGAAAAAGCAGAUGAUGGGACAGACCUGCUGAAGUAACCUGGCCCGAGCAGAGCCGUUCGGUGCAGAGCCCCAAACCCGACGCAGUUUGCACCUUUCUGGGGUGCGCUGCGUGUCACCCAGCGCUACAGGGCCGAGUUCUUUUAAGGAUGCUUUGUGGAGUGAGAACUAGCCACAGGGUUACACGGAGAGCAAUCGGCAUAGCUUAUCUUUACCCAGAAUUUCCAGCAAUUAGCAUAGCUUUCCUAUUGCUCCCAUUUCCCUGCUCCCUGAGCGCUAGCUCUCCUCCUCCUCGGGGCCACCCAGGUCACCAAGCCGGGCUCCGAAAAGAAGACGUGCACCAGCCGAGGAGCCGUGGGGUUACGGAGCCGCUUGGCUCUCAGCAGUGACGGGGGGGGUGUACGGCGACACUGGCCACCCAGGCUGCGGCCACCUUUGUCCCUGCUGCUGUAUUCCUUUCCCAAACCCCAAAGAGCUAAUUGAUCCACCCAGUUAGUUAAUUGGUUUAUAGUUAUUAGAGACUAUAAUUAAUUGACCAGCUGGAAAGCUGUGUGUUAUCUGCCUGGUGGGAGCAGCGUUGAGGAGCAGCCAGCGCCGAUGGGCCACGGGCUGGCCCGUCCCAGCAAACAGCACUGCUCCUUUGCCGGCUUUGAAGGAUUUUACUCCACCUCAGACUUUGGGCUUUCCCUUUUAUCUCCUCCUUCGCUAACAUUUGGCAUCAGCGAGCUCAUCCCGAGCUUCCCUGUUCUCCCUUAUCUCCUCCUGCAAGGUCACAAACUUGUCUUCACGCUCCAUGUUGAUGUAGGGCUUUGCAUUACUGAGCAGACCAGUUCAGACCAGCUUGUUAUCAAAGUGUUCCCAGCCCCCAGCAAAACCUUCUGCUGCUGUCAGACCCUGACAUGAUGCAGAUGUUCAUUAAGCAUUGGGAAGACGAUGCGUCUCAUCGCGGGGCCGGGCGAGAUGGCUGUACCUUGUACUAGCACAUCUGGCCGGUGCUAACAAACUCCUGGCAGUGCCGUUCCCUGCGGGAAUGCCGGGAAAUAGGGAGGAGGAGACGCUGUAGGUGCCUGGCAGAGGUGCCCAGUGCCUGGCCGCCCCAGGAGGUGAUGCAUCGGACUGGCAAUGGGUGCGGGAAACCCUCUGAGCCGCAGCGGGCUCUUUCCCCGGGGCUGCUGGGGGGCGGCGAUGCUGCAAGCAGGGCUCAAACCCGGCUGCAGUGCUAGGAGGUGAACGGACACAGGCGGCUUCAGCAGCACGUUGGCCCCAAGCAGCUCCCGGUGAACCUGGCGGUGCUGCCGCAGGCAGUCUGGUGCCGGAGCCAACCGUGCCCGGGGAGCGAGGCUGCCCGUGCGGGGAGCGGGGUGCUGGGCACGCUGCUCCUCGGCCUCCCGGCGUCGGCAAAGCUGGGUGCUGACCUCCCGGGGCCCUUCUCCUCACUGGGACCCGUGCCAGGACGAGCUUUUGGCGAGAUGUUCUCACCGCUGGCUUGCAGGAGGGGCUUCCCGAGGGAGCCCGGUCCGUGGCAGGCUGGACCACUGCCGCCCCUCGCUCACGGUCCCCAGGACGUCUGGGACGAGCUGCCCUGGGAGCACCAGCACAGGAGAGGCAGGGGCAGAUGGCACCCGCCCGAUCUGUGGGAGCCCAGACCCUUCCCUGGCCCUGCCGACUUGCCUUGGGACGAGGAGGACAGGAGAUGGGCAGACCGUGACUGUCCCCCGCCACCCCCCUGGAAUGCCGGAGAACACCCAGGACCCGAGGACUGCUUCCGAGAGAACCGGCACCCGCCCGGUCCCUGGGAGCCCAGACCCUUCCCUGGCCCUGCCGACUUGCCUUGGGACGAGGACAGGAGAUGGGCAGACCGCGACUGUCCCCCACCACCCCCUUGGGAUGACAGAGAAGCCAACCGAGGACCUGAGGACUGCUUUGGAGAGGGCUGGCACCCGGAGCAGCCGCUGCCCAGCUCCGACUGCUUUGCCUGGUCUGAAUUCCCACCUGAGGAGCAGCACCUACCCCGGCCCCCUGCCAGAAUGCCAGGCGAGCAAGGCGGCUUCCAGGACGGCUGCCCGUCCUGGGGCUAUCGUGGCCUGAGUGGGAGACGCUACCGACGCUUACGCCAUAUCCGCCGCGAGUUAACCUUGGUCCAGCGCCUGCCGUGUCGCUGGCCCUCCAGAGGGAAAACGCCGUCUUUCAGGUCCUCUCCUUCCCUCUCUGGGACGAGCCAGCCGGCGGCCAAAGGAGAGGCGCGGCGCCCUGACGCUCCCCAGCCACUUCCUUCCUUCAAAGGUGGUGCACAGAGCAGGGAGCAGACGGCUCAGAGCCCGCCGGCGGCGAGCAGGAAGGUCCCGGAGCCCCCCAGACCGGCCGACACCCCUGAGAAGAGCCCGGCCGCUGAUCCCAGGGCUGUGACAGAGGCUGCGGAGCCGGAGCUGGCAGCAGGAGCGAUGCCGGUCGAGACGGGAGCUGGGCAGAAACCCACGGACGGCCGCGACCAGGACUCCUCUGCUUUGGAAACGGAGCCGGCGCCACCGGAGGAGAGCUCUGCGGGGCCAGAGGAGCACCUCGAGGUAGAGCCGUGCAGCCAAAGCGUCCCUGAGGCUGGCGCAGGUGGCGAGUCCCACGCCCGGGGUCCGACAGCCGCUCCGGAGCCUGCCGAGAGGGUCUGCGCAACGGCCGGCUCCGCUGGAGAUGUGGGUGCUGAGCUCUGCCCGCGUUCCCAGGGACGGCAGCAGCUGCCGAGUGGAGCUGGAGAAGCCGAGGCAGGAGCUGCCCGCGAUGGGCUUCUUGGUGACCUUCAGCCACCCGAAAACUCGCCGGUCCCACCUGGAGCUACCGCGGAGCCCGAGGCACAGCCCAGCCAGGCUUGCUCCGAUAUCUGCGCCGCACCAGAGACCUCACCGGGGACCCAGCACCCUCCUGGGUCCGGUGAGACGGAGCCGGCUGCGGGCGGCCAGCACCAGCUCUGCUCCACGCUCCCAACGCCCUCCCUGGUCAGCGCGGACCUCCGCUCCGCCGCCGUCCUCGCCAGGAAGGAGGAGAUCGAGCUGUCGUACCAGCAGUUCAGCCUGACCAUCGCGGUGGUGGCCACAAUGCUGCUGCAGAAGGAGCCCUCCAUGGAGGCGGCGCUGGGGCUGGCGCUGAGGGCCAACCUCCGCCAGGGCCGGAUCCAUCACCUCCAGGAGCUGGAGGACUUCAUCAACAGCUACGACUCGGCCACCCUCAGCCGCUGAGGGGGGGCCAGGGUGAGCGGCCGGACACCCCCUCUGGGUAGCAGGUGGCCGUGCCGGUGCAUUGGGGUGCUGGUGGUGGCGCUGAGCCCUCGGGUCACGGUGGUAUGGACGUGUUGGCACCAUCCCACCAUCUCUCUUGGAGAUGGAGGAGGGGGGUGCUUAGUUUUAGCCCUGCCCAGACCUGUAUGUGCAGCAAAAGGGGGAACU